ACAGGUCUAAUAGGUCUAAUAGAGAUCAGGCUCGGCAUUUGCCAGGGGAAGGGUCUAUAACGGACCAAUCCAAUCCAAUCCAAAAUCCAGGCGUCUGGCGGGAUUUUCGCCGAUUGUGGCAGACGUAGUUGACGUAGUUGACGUAGUCACAUCGGUCGCGCGGUGAUGGCUUCACGCCGAUACCAACCGGGGGACCGGCUGCUAGGCAGGGAACCGGGAGACGCCCGGAGGCGAUGGGAGUCGGACGGGUAUGAAUACGACAUCUUUCCCCAACUCCCUCCGCGAGAGGCCCACCCUCCGAAGCGAUGGCGGUACCAGGAGCAAGACAGUCCGUCGACGUUGUCUGAGGCAGGCUGGGAAGCAGAAGACGCUUCGCGACGGCCUUCACAGCCCAAACAAACAUCUUUCUGGAGCACGCCGAGCAGCCGCAAGCCCCCAACUCCGAGAAGCUCUGCCGCAAGGUCGUUCGAGGCGCGUUCCGUCCACGCAGAGCGCGAGCCCUCAGAAUCUUCAAAGAGGGCAGACGUUCCCGAGGCGCUGACUUCGGGCGUUAGUCGCCGUCCCUCGACCCCGAGGAGUUCGAUGGCUUCACGCCGGUACCAACCGGGUGACCGGCUGCUAGGCAGCGAACCGGGGGACGCCCGAAGGCGACGGGAGCCGGACUGUUAUGAAUACGACAUCUUUCCCCAACUUCCUCCGCGAGAGGCCCACCCUCCGAAGCGAUGGCAGUACCAGGAGCAAGACAGUCCGUCGUUGUUGUCUGAGGCAAGCUCGGAAGCAGAAGACGCUUCGCGACGGCCUUCACAGCCCAAAGCAGCAUCUUUCUGGAGCACGCCGAGCAGCCGCAAGCCCGCAACUCCGAGGGGCUCUGCCGCAAAGUCAUCCGAGGCACGUUCCGUCCACGCAGAGCGCGAGCACUCGGAGUCUUCAAAGAGGGCAGACGUUCCUGAGGCGUCGACUUCGGGCGUUGGUCGCCGUCCCUCGACCCCGAGGAGUUUCGGCGCAAGGUCGUCGGCGGAACGACCUCCGCAGGCGGGACAAGAACCGUCUUCGCCGUCUUCCGGGGACGACGAGGGGCCCGCAGUGUCUGCGCCCAGCGUCCAGCGCCGUUCCGCAGGGGCCAAACCCACGCCAGAAAGACGUCCGCCGACCCCGGCGCACCAAGCUCCCGCACAGCCAUCGGCGGCGGCACGCCGAGCUCCAAAUCCACCGGCACCGGAGCCUUCGGCAUCAAAGGGACCCGGCAGGAGGCGAAAGUCUACCUCUCCCAGGAAGGGCAAUCAAAAGUCGAAGCAUCGCACCCCACCCUGGCUGAAGAACAUCCGUCACCUCCAGAGGACUACGCACCUCCUCAUUCCGCGGCUGUCGUUUGCGCGGGUGGUGAGGGAAAUACUGCAGGGUUUGGCCCCCAGUCGCUCCGACUGCUACUACAUGCAGGGGCUCGCCUUGCAGGCGCUACAGGAGGCGUCGGAGGUCUUCGUGAUGAAUUUCCUGUCUGCGAGUUACCAGUGUUCCCUCCACGCCAAGAGAAAGACCCUGAUGAAGCAAGACAUGAUUUUCCUCCAGAACCUCCUCAAGGCCUUCGGCGCCUCCCUCGCCACAUCCUUCUGAAGCCGCCCACUUCCUUCAGACGCCGACGGUGCUCUGUACAUAGCUUCAUUUCUCCGACAUUGUAGAUAGUUUGCUUUUCAUCGUUGCAUUUCCAACACUUUGUUCGCCCCCAAGCUGACAGUGCGGUGGAAGCUUGUCGCCGCACUGUCGGCUCGGGGACGAAUGUGCGGUCGCGGGCCCAAGAGGCAGGAAAGCGCCGCCUCGCAGGUUCGAUCGCAUUUCAGUUUUUUGCGUCCGUGGCCAUGUGCGGACGAAUACAUUCACUCGUCGACAAUCUCACUCUCUUCCUCCUAUCUUUUUAGUGUUUUAACUGUCAACUCGUGCUUUUUGCUUUUCGACGACAAAGUUGCGUUUGCGAUGUUACCGGACAUGCGACCCGCGUUCGCCAACGCGUAAUGUUCCUUUGCGGAGGACGAGCGUUCGGAAGCGUCGCCUCGCAGGUUCGAUCGCGUUCCGGUUUGUUGUGUCCGCGGUUGUGUGUGGAUGAAGUCGUUCACUCAUCGAUAUUCUCAUUCUCUUCCUCGCGCCUUUUUAGUGUUUUAACUGUCAACUCGUGCUUUUUGUUUUUCGACGACAAUGUUGCGUUUGCGUUUUUACCGGACACGCAACCCGCAUUCGGAAGCAUGCGACCUGCUCCACCUGCGGACUGGUGUCAUAUUCUCAAUCGUAAACAGCCCUCAAGCUCUAUCGACAACAUUUUUUUCAAUGGUACUGAACUUACCGGAUAUUCUUUAGCAAAUGCCUUUAACGAGCAUUUUAUCAAUAUUGCAAGUAAUGAUGAGACUCUACAUUCUUCUGCUUUUAGCGACAAAAGAAACAAUGACUCCAUAUUUUUAGAGCCGGUGGUUGAACCAGAAGUAAAUUCCAUAAUUUUACAAUUAAACAAUAGUGGAAGCUGUGACGCGGAUGGUAUUCAGAUAAGACCCGUCAAGUACGUUGUUCGCUUGAUAGCGCCGGCGUUAUUUCAUGUUUUUAACCUCUCUUUAUCCACGAGCGUAUUUCCAAAGAAAAUGCAGAUAGCUAAGGUGUUAGUAUUGCAUAAAAAAGGAAGCGUAAACGAAAUGGGGAAUUAUCGGCCUGUUUCUAUACUCCCAGUUUUCUCUAAAGCUCUCGAAAAAAUACUUUAUACUCGAAUUAUGACGUUUUCAAACAAAUAUAACUUAAUAAAUACCUCACGGUUUGGAUUUAUGAAAAAUAGGUCUACCGAGGCUGCCUUAUUAUCUAUAAACAAAUUUAUUCUCCAAAACUUCGAGAAAAAAAAAACUGGUUCUCGGUGUGUUUGUCGACUUCUCAAAGGCAUUUGACUGCCUUAAUCAUAAAAUACUUCUAGCAAAAUUGGACACUUACGGUUUCCGAGGGCAUGCCUUGCAGCUAAUAAAGUCAUACCUGGAGUAUUGAUUGCAAUACGUUUACUUUGGUGUACUGCAAGGUAGUAUACUGGGUCCCUUUCUCUUUAACAUAUACAUAAAUGACAUAAUCAACAAAGAUUCAGAAGCGAAAUUUGUAAAUUAUGCUGACGACACAAGUAUAUUUUUCUCUGCAGAAAAUACCGACUUAUUAAUUGAUAAGGCAAACCGAAUGCUUUCCGGGUUGAAUUUGUGGAGUACAUAUAAUGCACUUCAAAUAAACACAGAAAAAUCAAAAGCAGUGCUUUUUCGCCCUAAAAAUGAAAUAAUCAACAUUAUGAGAGAUCUUAGUUUAGACUCAGCCGAGAUUGAGAUUGUAAAUUCCUUUAAAAUUCUAGGCGUCAUUUUUUCGGAUAUGUCAUGGGAUGAACAUGUUAACUACCUUAUUACAAAGCUGUCUAGAACUGUCGGCAUGUUAAACCGCCAUUGUUAUACCUUACCGAUACACGUCAAGUUACUAGUUUAUAAUUCCUUGUUCUACUCGCACUUAAAUUAUUGUAAUUUAGUUUGGGGUACCACCACUUCAACGAAUCUUGAAAGGGUUCAUUUGUUACAACAAAAAAAAGCAAUAAGAGGUAUAGCCGAUGUCCCAUUUCAAUCGCAUACAUCCGACCUAUUCAAAAAGUUCCGCAUUAUCAAUGUGCACAUUUUGUAUUCUUACAGGCUCAGUACAAGCCUUAAGAUAGAGCUAAUUAGGAACACAAGCUUCCUACACUCAGCGACAACUUUUCUUGGCAAUGCAGUGGAAGGUACAGGCCCGCGUCCCCUCUCCCAUUUUGAGUGUAUGCAGG